AUGGGAGGGGGGAGCUUGGGACUGCGAGCCGCCGCCAAGGCCGCCAUGGUCGGCGGCUACCGCUCCGCCGCCUCCUUCCGCCGCGCCGUCCUGCCCGCCGCCUCCGCCGACACCCGCCCCGUAUCCACCACCAUCGGCGCCGUCGACGACUGGUACAUCCCCGACCGCGAUGUCUUCGGCCCCGUGCCCACCCACGAGGAGGCCUUGGCCGCCACCAUCGACCUCAGGGAAGCCUUCGAGAUUGCCAAGAUUGACUCUCAUGUUUCCCACCUGGAUAUUUCCAAGACACAUGUCACACAUAAUGACCUUGAUGGUUCUGCAAAGGUUGCUCAGGAAGUGUUUCAGGAUCGUGUCCAUUCAGAAAUAUCGAAGCAUGAAGACGAGUUUGAUAGUUUGUCCGUCACCUCUGGAUCUUCUGGACGUGUUAUUGAAGCCUUUACCAUGCUACAGGCGAAUCCUGAUGCUCAGGACGUUGUUGCUUCUCUUGCUUCAGAUAAGAAUGUGUGGGAAGCUGUGAUGAAGAAUGAGAAACUGGUGCAGUUUUACAAGAACUGCGAGUCAGACCAGAGUGAAUCUUCUUGUGCUACUGAUGAAGUUAGUGACGCUGAGAGCUCACUAAGCAGCAAUGAUCUCUCGCUAGGCACUGGAGAUGCGUUCAAGGAGUAUGUUCAGAAGAUGAGGGCAUUCGUGUCCGAGAUGGUGACGAAUCUUUCGAGCAUCAUGCAAGACCUGAUUGCCACCUCGGAUGAGGGCCAGAGCAAGGGGAGGUUGAGGACUCUGAUCAUGAACACCAAGAAGGAUUUCGCAAACGAACGGUCAUCCUUCGUGCUCCUGGCUAUCGCGACCAUUUUCGUAGUUUUGCUCAAGCGUGCGUAGUGGGAUAGAACGAGAGUGGUUGUCUGGUACUUCGGUGUCAAGUUCUGUUUCCCAGUUCAACAGGUGGUUGAAUGCGCUUCUAAGGAACAUGUGUUCUGCCGAAACAGUGAAAAACCAUCAGGAGUUUUUUUCAAGAAUUAUCUUGUACUUUUGUUCACCUCGGUUGAACAUGAUUUGCAAGAAGAAUAAUAUGAUCACUUUACUGAAUCUGCUUUAGGUA